AUGGGAGUGGUUGUAUUUGGUAAAUCAAUAAAGCAUAAUUUUCCUGUGCGUAUAGGGCUUGCUAAAACAAUAUUCGGAAUAGGACCUACCACCGCUGCCAAAUUGAUGGCCAAGAUUGGAAUUUAUCCAAAUUGUAAAAUGAAUCAACUCACUGAACCACAGAUUUUGGAUCUUAAUAAGGAAAUAUCGCUGUUGCUAGUAGAGGGUCAUUUAAAGCAAAAGAUCAACAACGACAUCAAGAUGAAGAGAGAUAUUGGUUCAUUUGCUGGGUUCAGGCAUGCUUGGGGAUUCCCGGUUAGAGGUCAAAGAACUAAAACAAAUGCUAAUACCGCUAAGAGGUUGAAUAAAUUGGAAAGAUUCAGACUUUAA